AUGCACAGACAGUCGUUGGGCUCACCAGUUUCCAAGCUCCACGGCCAUGGAGUUGCUAUCGAAGACGCCACCGUCAUCACCGCCGACGAACCUCCCAAGCCUCACCGUCUGUCCUCGCCUCUUCCCGCACCGCAACACAAGUUCAUCCACAUCAUUCCAGUUCUCACUGUCCUCUGUUUCCUCAUCCUCUUCCUCUGCUCUCACACUCCCUCUCCAUCAGACCUGGAUAAUUUUGCUGGAUUCAAACACUCUCGCAACCCUCAUUUAACAGAUUCAGCGACAGAGAUUAGCGGUGGCAUCGAGCAUUACAUGGAAGCGAAAAGAAGCGACGUUUUAGCGAUCAGAACCUUGCAGCAAAUACCAAAACCUCGCCUCCACAGGAAACUCGCCGAUUUUUAGCCGCAAAGAAUCGCUUCCAUGUCAACAACACGUGAUUGUUGUUCCUCCUCACCCUUUCUUCUUCUUCCAUUCUAUAUUCUUGUUGCUCCUGUUGUAUAUCACAGAGAAUAAAAUCAAUUCAUCGUGGUCUACUGGUCUCAGAUCUUCUUCCAUCAUGUGAAACAGUGAAUAAUAAUUUUCUUUAAUUUUGAGAAUUUGUUUCA